GUUACUCUGCGUAAUUAUUAGUAUUUUUCCUAAUCCAGAAAUUUUACAAAUCUAACAAAGAUUUUAGUCCCGGCCAUCUAUUAGUCAAUCCAAGAACCUCAACAAUUCGACAGAAGACAGUCACCUGUCCCAGUACUUAUAAACUUUGAAUGUUUGCCAAGAGAUGGCAGUCGUCACGAUCGCAGAUUACUGUAAUCCGUCGCAGGCACGGAAAGAAAAAGAAACAAUGAAUUGAAUCAAGAAAAAGUUACAUUUCGAUUUUGCGCCGUAAUCUGUGAUCGAGGUGAAGGGUACUGAUUGGUCGAAAUUUGAAUUCCCAUUUUCAAAGUGCUCAUCCUAGGUGUUUUCCAGUUUUUAAAGUCCGAAUGUUUCGAACCGUUUAAGUUUCAGUGGAUAAUUGUGAAGAAUUACCGUAAGUUUAGAUCCAGAAAAAUGAAAACCGAACCCGACGAUCCGCAGUGCGAUUACGAUCAUCAGGAAACAGUCCAAUCCUCUGCCUCUGAUAUCGAAUCGAAAACAUUAGUCACUUCUGAGCAGGAUGAGGAGGUGCCAGUGGUUAAGCUGCAACCUUUGGAUAUAACAGAACAAUUUAUCGAUCAAAAAGGGGUGAUAUACGAUAGAGAAUCAUUCCUGAUUGAAAAUGAAAAAGUUGCCGUAAAAAUUGAAAAUGAAGAAGUUGCCUCAAAAUCGAUUGAACCAGAAUGUCAAACAGUAAAAGAACCAAUACCAAUAGUGAGUGAUUCAUCAAGUGCUGGUUGUAGUAAGACGCUCGAUGAUAUAAUGGUCCCAAAGGAAUAUAAGUGUCCAUCAAUUGAACCAGAAUGUCAAACAGAAAAAGAACCAAUACCAAUAGUGAGUGAUUCAUCAAGUGCUGGUUGUAGUAAAACGCUCGAUGAUGUAAUGGUCCCGGAGGAGUAUAAGUGUCCAUCCUGUGAGAACUUUUCGACGAAAUACAAAAACAACCUAAAGAAGCAUAUAAAAGUGGUGCAUCUCGAUAUGAAAGAAAGUAAUUGCCACUUGUGUGAUUAUAGGGCAGGCGACAAAUCUUCUCUUCAAGAACAUAUAGAUGCAGUUCAUCUAAAAAAAAAAGAGUUCGAAUGUGAUCUAUGUACUUUUUCUACCAGUCGAGAGAGAAACCUGAAGAGGCACAAGUUGAACAUCCAUUCACCGAAGGAUCCCAAUGCCGAGAAGAAAAAACACAAGGGGAAAUUCAAAUGUGAAAUAUGCGAAUACGAGGCGGGAGAAAAGAGCACUUUGAGGGUCCACAUAGAAAGCGUCCACUUGAAUAUCAAGAACGAAAAGUGCCAUUUGUGCGACUUCAGCGCUAGAUUGUACAAGGACGUCAAGAUCCACAUCAACAGCGUUCACUUGAAGCUGAGGAACUUUAAAUGCGACUUAUGUGAGUAUACCGCCAGCAGGAAGGCGCACAUUAAGGUCCAUAAGGAAGGGGUUCACUUCAAUAAAAAAAAGCAUGUAUGUCAUUUGUGCGAUUUUUCCACUCUUUUAAGGACCGGCCUGAGAAUACACAUCGAAACUGUCCAUCUGAAUAUUAAGAAGUACCAGUGUAACCUUUGCCCGUUCGGGGCUUAUCUGAAAAACGAUUUUGAAUGUCACGUGAAAUCGGUUCAUUUGAACCUCAAAGAGCACGUAUGUCACCUGUGUGACUUCGCUACCGGAAGGAGGGGUUCAUUGAAAAUUCAUAUCGAUCGCGUUCAUUUGAAAAAGAAAAAGUAUAAAUGUGAUUCUUGCGAUUACUCUGAUAACAAAAAGGAGAAACUCGCUAAACAUAUCGAUGAGGUUCAUAAGGAAUCGGAUUCGGUUGAGGUAAAACAAGAGCCAGCAGCAAUACCAUCAUAAAUAUAUUUUCCCGAUUAAACCAGACUCUGUUCAAUGUACUUUAUAAUAAAUAUUCAAAAUUCAUAACCCUGUGCAAUUGUGUCGUUUUUUAAUACUAACUGUGCAAUAAUAUACUAAUAUCUGUGGUAUUUUCUAGGUCUGCUGAUAGCACAUCCAGAAAAAAAGCCCCUCGACCGAUACUAGUGUACUUGAAGAGUGAGGUGCCUCUUUAAUGAACUUCAUUCGUCAGUCACUUUGUUUUUGAGAGAAAAGAUGUAAUUCCACUUGGACAAAAUUCAUCGGCUGCGAUGGUAACAGAUAGCAAGACGACAAACAAGACUUACUUACUAAAGAGAAAAGAAGUAAUUCCACUUGGACAAAAUUAUCUCGAUGAAAAUUUUCAGCCGCUCCGACAAGACUUUCUCACUAAAGAGAAAAGAAGUAAUUCCACUUGGACAAAAUUAUCUCGAUGAAAAUUUUCAGCCGCUCCGACAAGACUUUCUCACUAAAGAGAAAAGAAGUAAUUCCACUUGAACAGAAUCAACUACACCUACAUAUGAUGGAAAACAAUAAAUUCCAGGCAUAGCAAGACUUUCCGCUGAAAAUUAUUUCAGUCUGGCUUGCAAAGAAACCAGGGAUGAGGAUUUCUAAAACUCAUUGAACUGUUUUAAUUUCAGAGGACUUAGAAGAAAAUCAAGAUGAUGACGAUCAGAGAGGAAGGAAAUACUCAAUCAUGGAACUUUCAGAUAAAUAACUUGAAAUUGGUGGUUUGUGAUCAUUACGAAGAUGAAGCGGAAGAAAAGUAAUAAUUCUACUUGAACAAAAUCAACUACAGCAACUUCUGAUGGAAAACAAUAAAUUCAAGAUUAUCAGCAAAGCAAGACUUUCCACUGAAAAUUAUUUCAGGGGACUUAGAAGAAAGAAAAUCAAGAUGAUUACGAUCAGAGGGGAAGGAACUACUCAAUCAAUGGACACUUCAGAUGAAUAAAAU